AUGACAUUUCAUGGGUACAAUAAAGUUGACUCUGAAGAUGUGUUUGAUAUAAUUAGAUCGAUUAGAGAUCCAGAGCUACCUAAUACUUUGGAAGAACUAAAGGUGGUCAGUGAAGAACUGAUAGAAGUAGAGGAUAACAAUGAUUGUUUGAUUACGAUAUACUUUAAACCGACGGUUCCACACUGUCAUCUUGCACCAACCAUUGCACUGUGUAUGCGACAAAAGAUUGCACACUAUCUACCGAAACCAUCGAAAUUGAAUAUCUAUAUAAAGCCAGGUACUCAUCAAACUGAAUUGGAAAAAAGAUAUAUGGCUGCAUUAGAAACACCUGCAAUCAUGGAACUAGUUGAGAAAUGUAUAAGUGAAGAUGAUUAUUAA